AUGGGAAAAGAUUUACAUUCAUUACCAAUAGUCAAUUUUAUUAAUUUUAAUCAAACAGGAACAUGUAUUUCAGUGGGGACAUCAGCUGGAUUUGACAUAUUUAAUUGUAAGCCAUUUGGUAAAUUCUAUACUGAGAAAAAAAUUAAAGAGGGAGGCUAUAGUAUUGUAGAGAUGCUUUUUUCAACCUCGUUAGUAGCAUUAGUUGGUUGUGGCGAUUCUCCAGACUUAUCACCAAGAAAAUUAAAGUUAGUUAAUACUAAAAAAUGUACUAUAAUUUGUGAAGUUACAUUUCCAACAUCUAUUUUAUCAGUGAAAAUGAAUAAAUCAAGAUUGGUUGUAAUGUUGAAGGAACAAAUGUAUAUUUAUGAUAUUAAAACAAUGAAGCUACUGCAUGUUAUUGAAAAUUUCUCUAAUCCAUAUGGGUUAGUAUCCAUAUCGUAUUCGUUAGAAAAUAAUUAUUUAUUAUAUCCAGCGCCAUCACAGAUCAUAAAUUCGGAAGUAACUAAUUUUGCAACUACUAAUAAUAUAACAAUACCUCUAUCUAGACAAAAAAAUGGUGAUCUAUUAAAUUUUUAUCACAAGGAAGUUUUAUAUAACAAAACUAUACAUCAGGUUAAUGAUAUUAAUAUAAAUGAAGAUAGUAAAAGUAAUACUAAGGAUACUAAUAAUGAACUAUUGUUAAAUGAAAAUAAAGGAAAUAAAGAUUCAAAUGCAGCAGAUGUAUUAUAUUCUACUGUACAUGGUGGAAUAACAACUGUUAGAAGUAAUACGGUUGAAAACAAUGCGAAGACUGGUGAUAUCAUUAUAUUUAAUUUAGAUAAACUACAACCAGUUCUUGUAAUUGAAGCACAUAAAAAUAAUAUUGCAGCAUUAACAUUAAGCCCUGAUGGUACUUUAUUAGCUACUGCAUCUGAAAAGGGUACUAUAAUACGGGUUUUUAGUGUAGGAAGUGGGAUUAAAUUAUAUCAAUUUAGAAGAGGUACGUAUCAAACAAAAAUCUUCUCUAUGUCAUUUAGUUCUGAUAAUAAAUUUUUAGUAGUAUCUUGUUCAAGUAAGACAGUUCAUAUAUUUAUGUUAGGUGAAUUAACCAAUGGUAAUGAAAGUGUUCACGGUACUCCCAUAACUAGUCAUAAUUUUAAUAGCAAUAGUGAUAUAGAUUUUGAAGAAGUAAUAAAUCCAGAUGACAUGGAUACGUUUUCAGGAUCUGAUAUGACGAAUAACGAAUCAUGUAACAAAGAGCCAUUUGUAGAUAUAACAAGAAAAACUGUUGGGAGAAUGAUUAGAAAUUCAUCACAAAACCUAACUAGAAAAGCAGCAAAAACUUUGGGACAGUUGUUGCCAAUUAAAAUGAAUACGAUCUUAGAACCUUCAAGACAUUUUGCUAGUCUGAAACUACCUUUGGAAAGUGAUUUAAACAUUAGAAGUGUUGCCAGUAUUGGAGAAAUAAUCGAAAUAAACUCACAUGAAUAUCCAGGAUUGUUUGUUUCAGAGAACAAGGAUAUUGAUAAAGCCGUUUCGAUGAAAAACUCUACUAAUGAGGGCCCCGUUGCCCGAGAAACAAUAACAACUUUGACUUCAGAAGGAGUAGCACCAGAAAAUAAUUUGAAAUAUACCUUGAAACUGUUACCAAUCAAUGUGGUUACACAAGAAGGAUAUCUCUAUCAAUACGUCUUGGAUCCAGAAAGAGGUGGUGAUUGUCUGCUACUGAAUCAAUAUUUUUUAGUUGUUGAUUAG